CCUCCCCCUCCUCCACCAUUGCCAGUAUUAGGUAAACCAGGAACUCCUCCACCCCCACCACCACUCCCAUCUAGUUUGCCGGGAACUCCAACGCCUGCAAAUACCAGCACGGAUUUCUUAAGAUCCGAAACAAACACCCCGGAUAAUCUGUUCAUAGAACCAAAGUUCACCAUUCCUAGCAUCAAACCUAAGUCUAAGUUGAAACAAAUGCACUGGGAUAAAAUCGAUGACAUUGACCAAACUUUCUGGCCCGACAUCGAGCAUUCCAAAUUGUCUGAACAGCUUCAAGAGAAGGGUAUUCUUGAUGAAGUUGAAAAGAAAUUCGUUGCCAAAUCUUCAGUCAUCAAGAAAAGAAAAGACUUUGUUGAUUCUCCAGCUAAGAAAGUUUCUCUUUUACCCAGGGAUUUGGCUCAACAGUUUGGUAUCAAUCUUCAUAUGUUCGGGUCUCUAGAAGUUGAGGAGUUGAUUCAUAAGGUUAUUAUCUGUGAUAAGGAAAUCAUGGAUAAUGUGACAGUAUUAGAAUUCUUCAAUAAUGAUACAUUAUCUGAGAUGAAUGAAAAUUUGAUCAGAAACUUCAAACCUUUCCUGAGAGAUGUUAGUGAUGAGAAUCUGAAACCUAAGAAAGACCCCAGUGAUCUCGAAAGACCUGAUAGAGUGUAUCUUGAGCUAUGUUUCAACCUAAGGCAUUAUUGGAAAUCUAGAUCUAGAGCUUUGCUAUUAGUCCACACUUAUACUCAGAAUUAUCUAGAUUUAUCAAGAAAGCUCCGGUCUAUAGAUGAAGCCAAUCAGAGCAUCAGAAAUUCGGAAUCCUUGAAGAAUGUUUUAGGUAUUAUUAGGUCGGUGGGAAAUUUCAUGAAUGAAGAUUCUAAGAGAGCUUUGGGGUUCAAAUUAGAUACUUUACAAAGACUUAAGUUCAUGAAAGACGAGAGUAACUCAAUGCAUUUCUUGCAUUAUAUUGAAAAGAUAAUCAGGAACACAUUCCCCGAAUAUGGUUCGUUCGUAGACGAGUUGAAUUCAUUGACUCAUUUACAGAACGUUUCCAUUGAACAAAUUGAAACUGAUUGUGGAGAAUUUGAAAGACAAAUUAAUGGAGUGGUCAGUUCUCUAGAAAGAGGUAAUUUGAGUGAUCUGUCAGUAUUUCAUCCUGAUGAUGAGAUCGUCAAUAAGGUAAAAUCCCCAAUGGAAAAUGCUAAGAUCAAACUCUCGAUUUUGAAGAAUCAUUUAAAGAAAACCAUUGAAGAACAUAAUAGUUUGAUGGUAUAUUUUGGUGAAAAUACCAAAGAUCCUCAUAGUAGAAACUCAUUCUUUAUCAAAUUUUCCCAUUUUAUAACCGAGUUCAAGAGAGCUCACAUCGAAAACAUCCAGAAAGAAGAAGAACAAAACAUUGUAGAUGCAAGAAAGAAAGUUGCAGAAACUUCCAAAGCCAAUAAGGAACAGAAACUCAAAGAAGAUUCUGAAGCUAGAGCUGAAAGUGAAGAUGCAGAGGAAUCUGAAGCUGGUGGGAAUGAUGAUAGUGAAAAUAGUGACAAGGAAAGUUUAAUGGAUUCAUUACUUGAAAAAUUGAAAUCGAGUGCCCCAUCUCAUAAAUCAUCAAGUUCUUCUAUUAGAAGGAAAAAGGCUUUGUCAUUCUAUUCAUCCACAUCUUUAGAUCAACCUUUGAAUGUUUUAUUCCCUAGUGAGUCAUCUAAUGGAUCACAACUCUCAGUCAAUGAAAAAGAUAGUGAAAAAGAAUAUGAUAGUAUUAAUGAUUUAAAAAGAAGAUUAACAAAACGUAAAGGAGGUAAUUUUAGUGGUGCAUCCCUUCAUUCUGAUAGUACCUUGAUGAGAACUCAAACCAUGUUGAAACAGUUACGAUCUGAUGUUUCAUUGUAG